AUGAAAAACUUUAAAGUGAUACAGCUCUACUGUUGCAUGUACAAUGGUUGCCACAAUGAGUACACUACCAGAUCGAAUUUAAAGCACCACAUUGACGUUGCUCACUUGAAGGCAAAGAAAUUCAUCUGUCAUUAUUGUCAGCAAACACUUGCAAGCAAACAAAAUCUGCGAGAGCAUUUAAACAAACACAGAGGAGUAAAACCGUUUGCAUGUGGAAUAUGCAAGAAGCAAUACAGACAAAGAAGUCAAGUGGUGAUUCACGCACGAGAGCAUGAAGCCACAUGCGAAGUACUUGAAAAUUACAUCGAGUCACAUCCAGAGGAAACUAUAAAUAAAACAUUAAAGAAAAAAAUUGAAAAAACUUCCAACGAAUUUCAAGCCGUAAGCAUUGAGCUACCACCCAUAAAUUAUCAGUCGAAACAAGAAUUCUUAUUACCCUCUCUUAUAGAGAUUUUAAAUAAAAUAUAA